AUGCCGCAGUGGGAGGUCAUUGGAGGCUCUGGCACGGGAGGCAUCCUAGUGAGACAGGGUCAGGACAACUACCAUUCCGGCAGACUCUUCUUUGGAGGGGCGCAGGUACAGAUUCGGAUGGGGAGAUCGUCAGCUCUUGGCUGCCCUCUCCUGCACUUUGCGGCACAUCUCUUCGCGCCAGAAUCCAAACUUGAGGCCAAGAUAGCCCCUCUUGCAAAGGGCGAAGUGACUAAGGACCUUCGCCCGGAGGCCAUUCGGGGGACUGAUCCCAUCGCCACGUUUCUCAAGGGCACCUUUGGAGGUGCUGCCGUGGCCGCCACGCUGCUGCGGAAGGAGGAUCUCAGCACCGAGCCACAAGUGAACCUGGUCUCCUCCAGCUUCGAGGAGCUCUUCGGCUACUCGAGAGAGGAGUUGACGGGCAAGUCCAUCUUGCGGUUGCUGUCCCUCACAGGAAUGGCUGAUCCGCAGCUGGAAAUAUAUUACAACAUGGCGCUUCAUGGCUUGGGUCUAGCACCCACGACCGGUGUGCAGGUCCCCCUGCGGCGGAAGACAGGUGAACUCGUGGAUGCCUCGGUGACGAUCCAGAAGACCGUGCUACCAGGAGCUCCUGGGCAAGAACUUUUGCUCUUCCAUUUCACUGAUCUCACCAACCACGAGGAGGUCAGUGGAUAG